CUGAGACAUGAAGAGCUGCAAGGAGUGGCGGAGGGAGAGAGAGCGAGUGCGCGAGCGACGGCUGGAAGUGCAUGAGAGUGCUAAGGAGGAAAACAGGUCGAGGAGUGAACGCGGAGGAGGGAGAGAGUGGAAGACAGAGCGAUAGGUGGAGCACCAAACAGAGGAGAGUGCAUCUGUUGCCUUGCAUCUUCUAAAGACUGAGCCAGACACACAGGAGAAAUCAUGGCCAACAUCACUGCCACUAUACACCCAAGUAAUCUUCCAUGGCACCCAGGGGCGGUCCCGCUCCCCCUUGUCUCCUUGCAGGUCCAGGAAGUCUACCCCUUCCACGACGGCUGGAAUGUGGCAUGCUUCGUCAUCCUUCUGCUUUUCAUCCUCACUGUCCUGUCCCUGGCUGCCUUGGCUGUGCUAUAUGAGCUACUGGACUGUGGGUGCUGUGCCAAAGGGAAGACACAUCACCAGCUACAGGAGGAGGGGCCGGGAAGCUGCAGCAAGCUUAUGACCAGCAUUUGCAAAGAGCCAGAGUCCCACACUGAGGUGGUAUAGAGGCAGCAAUGAUGAAGAAAAAGGAAUAGCGGGAAUUUGGGUGUCAUGGCUGAGCUGGGCAAUAACACGGCACCGACUCCGAUGCCCUGAGAAAUGAACUUCUAAAACUGCGUAAUAGUAGUUCAAUUCUUCACAGUUAGGUGGAUGCAGAGGGGAGAGACAAAAUGAGGUAAAAGAACAAAGUCAAAAAGGAAGGAGGCAAUUUUUCACCAAUUUUGGAGUGAGUCUAAUCAGAUUUGCAUUUCAGUUACGGGGCAAUAUUCACACAUCUACAUUCACUACCACUUUGCACAGAGGGCAAUCAUCAGGAGGUAGAGGGAGCACCUGAGUAGAAAUAGUCUCAACUGUAUGGCCGGAAAAAACACAAAUUUGCAACACCUGACAAUGGAGGCUGUGGCACAGUGGGUUACACUUUCCUUUUUUCUUUUAUGGAGUACUAAGUUGCAUGGUCAAAACAUGUUAACAUAAAAAAAGAGCACUAAUUGAAGCCCAUAUCAGCGAGUUUAAGUUUUCUUAUUCAGCAACAUCUGCCCUGUAAGUACUGCUCAAACUUAUACCCUGUUGGAUACAAAUGACCUUCUAUGAGACACGGUAAAAUGUUGUACAGAGACAGAAAAUGCUGUUCAAAUCUAAAAACUUCAAACUAUCCUCGUUUCCUAAAAAGGCAACAAAGACACUGAUCGAGCUUAGCUGGACAUCGUUGUUACUUAAACUGAUUAAAGCCUGUGUUUCUCUGUUCUUCAGUAUAUUGUGCGCCAGUUCUGUCAACAUGUUAAGAGUGGCAACAUUAUU